AUGAGACUCCUUCAGCUUUCAUUUCUGGCUGCUGGAUGCCUGGUUCUGUGUCUCUGUAACAAGUGGGGUAUCCGCCUGCCAAAGGAUCUCAACGCUUGGAAAGGUACCUGUGUCCAGAUCCCCUGCAAGAUCGAUAACAAUAUUGGAAGACUUCACCACUUUGUCUUAUACCACAAUCCUCAGUAUAUCAACAACAGGUUCCAGGGGACCGUCCUUUUUGACAUAAACAAUUCUAGUAAGACUGAAAGGACAAAGCUUCUGGAUUCCCGAAGAGAAAAGAACUGUAGCAUGCUCAUCCGCGAGGUGCAAGUCUCUGAUGACGGAGUGCUAGGCCUGAGGAUUGUUGAUGAGACAGAUGAUAAGUGGAUGGAAGAAAUGAAACUCAGGGUCAACGGAUCUGCACCUUCACCCCAAAUUCAGCUCCCGCAGCCACUCAAAGAGUCCCAAGAGGUAACAGUGACCUGCUCCCUGAAGUAUUACUGUUCUGAGUACCCUGUGAGCUUGCUGUGGUCCCUGGAGGGUCAGAGGCCCCUGCCAGAUCAGGUCCAGGAUUCAUUCUCCCUUGAAGUCCAGAAAAUCUCGACAGAGAGCAAGUUAACCCUUAGUCUCAACUGGACUCACCAUGGCAAGAAGCUGGCCUGCCAACUCUGGCACUUCCCCGAGGGAAGGCUCUCUGAGGAAAUCGUACAGCUGGAUGUGAAACAUGCCCCAAAGGUGACUCUUGUGGCUACUUCUUCGCUAGAAGUAAAGGAGGGAGACUCAGUGACUCUGAGGUGUCUGCUCCAGAGCAGCAACCCCGAGAUCCAAGACAACUUCUUCUGGUUCAGGAAUAAAGAGAUAGAGCUGAAGAUGGGAGAAAUUCUGAAUCUGUCCAGAGUGACUUGGCAACAGGCUGGAAGUUAUCAUUGUGGGGCAGACAAUGAAAUAGGCCGGGGGACAUCUGAACCAGUGACCCUGCAAGUCCUAUAUGCCCCUAAAGAUUCCAAGGUUGAUCCUGCUCAAGUCGUAAAGUCAGAGAACGAGACUGUGGAGAUGACUUGCCAAUCCUCUGCCAACCCUCUUCCAACCAAUUACAGCUGGUUUAAAGAUGGGAAGUUAAUGCCAGGAGAGACCAAACAGCAGCUCAGGUUCCAAGAGGUCAAGAGGCAGCAAAGUGGCCAGUAUGCCUGCCUGGCUGAGAAUAGCGAGGGCCAGGGCGAAGUCUCUAAGGCAGCCACACUGGAUGUGCAGUAUCCCCCCACCGGGGUGACCGUGACUAUUAAGAAUCUGACACCAAUCCGAGAAGGUGACACUGUGAACCUGACCUGUUCCUACAAUCAAAGUAAUCCCAGCGUCAGCAAAUAUUUAUGGAGAACACAAUUUUCCCAAUAUAACAGAAUUCGUUCGAAAUUUCUUACCAUCAACAGCAUCCCCUGGAAUGCUAAGUCAGUCAUUUGCACGGCCUGCCAUGUUCAAUGUUCCAGCUCACCCCCUGUCCACCUGGACAUACAAUAUGCCCCAAAAGAUGUUAAAAUCAUUCUCAUAACUCCCCAAUCUGACAUCCAGUCUGGAGACCAAGUCCAUCUUCAAUGUGACUUUAGCUCUAGUCAACCCAGAAAUGUUGGUUAUUCCUGGACUCGAAAUGGGAAGCACUUCUAUGAGGGGAAGUCCCUGAAUUGGAGUUCCAUCUCCCCAGAAGACUCUGGACUAUACAGAUGUUUCAUUUACAACUCUGUUGGAAAAACUCAAUCUCAGGAAUGGGAUCUGAAAAUCCAGUAUGCUCCCAGACACCUUCAAGUAUCCAUCACCCCGAGUGACAUGGUGAUGGAGAAGACAAGUGUAGUCCUAACUUGUGAGGCUGAUGCUAAUCCAGCCAUUGAACUUUACACCUGGUUUGACUGGAAAGGCCAAAAGAUGGAUAACUUUGGUCCGAAGCUGACCUUGUGGCCUGUGAUGACCCACCAAUCCGGGGCCUAUUGGUGCCGAGGGACCAACAAGCUGGGCACAGGGGAGUCACAUCCUACCAUUCUCACUGUCUAUUACAGCCCAGAGACCAUUGGCAGGCGAACUGCCUUGGGGUUUGGGGUGUGCCUGGCCUUACUUGUCCUGGCCUUUACGGGGUUCCAGUUUGUCCGAUGCUGGAAGAAGAUAAGAGGACAGCAAGAUCUUCAGGCACAGCCCAGCAGGCAGGGCUCUUUCUUUAUCAGGAAUAAGAAGAUAAGGAGGCCCUACUCCACAACAGCCCCCCAAUCCUUGGGCUAUUACAAUCCUGCAGUUGAGGAGAGGAUUGAGUAUUCUACCUUACAGUUUCCACCUCAGGCUCAGUAUAUGGAGACCUCAAGAAUCAAUCUCCAAACAGAGGAUGAAAGUGUUACCUAUUCUGUGGUGCAGAAAUCCCACAGGAGUGACUAUGAAAAUGUGGCCCCAGUAGAGGUCUCUCCUCCAGAAGAAGAAGGCCUGCACUACUCUGAACUGAUUCAUUUUGGAGAGAGGGAGAGGCCCCCUGCCCAGGAAGGAGUGGAAUAUGUGACUCUGAAACACUGACCAUGGAGGCCAAGAAGCCUCAGGCCUAGAAGGCUGGAUGAGAAACAGUGCCUAGAGCCUGCAUCUGCCAGCUAGUUGUCUGCUGCCCAUCCAGGACUUAGGAGAAGACCUCCUGGCACUGUCAAUGGGGUCCCUUCCUUCCUUGCUCUGACAGCCCUCAAAGCCUGUGGCUAGUCCCUUUUCCUCCUACCUACCCAAUGUCCCACCUCACACAGAGCACAUGUUCUAACCCUCCAUUCUCCCCAUGUCUUUCUUUCCCAUGUGUAGUCUCAAGCCCUCCCUGCCCCAUUCCCUUUUCUCACCCUUGGUCCUUUCUUCCUCUCCUUAGCUGAAUCCCUAAUUCUCCCUCAGCUUCAAUGCUCCUAUAAAGGACCCAUGUUGAGGGUAGCCACUAUAGAAGAAGAAGGUGCUUGGGAAGGAGAUGAAAGAGCUGAGUUCUAUCAGCCCUCUCUCUAAAGCCUUAACUCAGCAUUUUAAUUCUAAACCAAGCACUGCACAGAGAUAAUCGCCCAGCCUUCACCCCUGCUGGUGGAGGAGUUUGGGAGACUUAGAGAAAUAA